AAGGAUGAAGCAUAUUUAUAUAGUCAAAAAGUAAAAAAAAAAUUUUUAAUGGGACAACUGAAUGUUGAAUGUGUUUCGAUUUGUCAAAUUCUCUGUUAAAAUAUUUAAAACUCAUAGCCUCAACAGAUGAACAAGCUGAUUAAGUGAUUAGAUACUUGUACAUUCUCAAGUCGGAAUGGAAUCUCAAUUCUCUUCGAUCGGGGGGUUUAAUUGAGUAUUAUUUUUCUUGAGGGUCGAGUAAAUAUUAUUUAUAAAGUCAAGAGGUUAAGUUUGCAAAUAAAUGUUAGAAAGUAUAUAAUGUGUUACAAAAAAAAGGGUGUAUAUAUGUGUGUGCUGAUUUCAUAAAAAAGACCUAAUUGCGUUUUCCUCAACAUGAAGAUGGAACGAGAAGAAGCACGGCCGCAAAUAAAACUCCUAUGUCGAGCCUGGUAUGCUCUUAAGAAUGCAAAAGGAUAUUUACAUCACUUGUUGCUAUAUUUGGAAACGCUCUCUACUUUUCCUCCGACCACCACCGCUAUAAAUUCGGAUGUGGAACCACCAUCGUCACAUCCAUCGUUUUUAUCACUUCCAGAAGACGUUGUUCUGAACUGCUUAGCACGCAUAUCGAGAUGGUACUACCCGAAACUCUCCCUUGUCUCCAAGACCUUCCACUCUCUCAUUAGAUCCGAUGAGCUCUCGAUGGAGAGAUUUCACCUCAAAACCACCGAAGCCUUAUUUUACGUCUGCUUACAGUUUACCGAUCAUCCUGUUCCCUCCUGGUUUAGCCUCUGGAUAAAACCUGAUCAAAUUCUAACGAAUGACGUGGAGGAGGAUUAUAACAAGUCUACUGGAAACACUUUGUUGGUAGGAAUACCCUCACCAACAAUAGAUAUUGGUUUGGUUGGUUCCAAAUUCCAAAAAUUUAUUCCACAAAAAAUUUCUCCCACGUUAUCGUUUUCUCCCAUGUAUUCCCGUAAUAAGGGGAAUAGCUUCGUCUUUAGAGCCCCUAUCAUGAAGGUGGCUCGAAAUAAUAACGCCGUUGCUGGCUUCCUCGACGGGAAAAUAUAUGUCAUGGGUGGUUGCAGCCCAAAUGAAUCCACGAGUUGGGCUGAGGUUUUUGACACAACGACUCGAGUUUGGGAAUCUUUACCUGAUCCUGGCCAUGAGCUCCGCUCCUCUUUAAUUAAACCAUUGAUAGUGACUAAAGGAAAGGUUUACGUUGAGAGCAGCAACAAGAAGAAUAUUAAUUUUUAUGAUCCAAAACAAGGUAGAUGGGGCGUUGCAGAAAAUCGACCCUUUGUUGAAAAGACGUGUGUGAUAGAGAAUGUUUUAUACUCAUGCGAUCGUUUUGGUUGUUUUUGGAGUGACACAAAGCAUAACAAGUGGAUGGUGGUCCAUGGUUUGGAGGUAUUUAAUAGGAAUCGUCGUGGUGGUAUUACUGCAUUAGCUAACUACUGUGGGAAACUCUUAAUCUUAUGGGACAGGCCUGGUCCUUGUCAAAACACGAACAUUUGGUGUUCGGUUAUUGCGCUUGAAAGACGAGAUGAAGUCGUCUGGGGACACGUUGAGUGGGCUAGUGUUGUGCUUACGGUUCCCAGUUCUUACCAUUUCUUGCGUUGUGAAGUGAAAUCAGGUUGAUCGAACUUUUAUUUUAACAUAAAACCAUACACGAGCGUUAGGCUCUGCUUAUUCUUGUAACUUUUAAUUAACUCAGUCAUUUGUUUCAGUUUUAAAGUAAGAUGCCUUUUCUAGGAACCUCUCUUCUUUAUUUAGUUAUUUCUCAUUUUCUUUGCUGGUAUGAGUUGAUACUCCAACCGUUUGUCGCCUGUUUCUAUAUAACCAAUAAAAAACGAAAAUAUGGGCAAUCAUAAUUUCCAACCAUGAGUUUUAUUAUUCUUAUCGAUCACAAGCAUUGUUAUCUUCUUUUUUUCUUUCUUGAAGCUUUGAUUUGGAUCAUCUAACAGUUGGUAUCAAGAUCAUAUUGACACGAAGACAUGAAUAAGAUUGACACGAGGUGGCUGAAUUAUGGACAUGAGACGGCUGAGUUAUAGCACGAGGUGGUUGAGUUAUGACGGCUGAAUUAUGACAUGAGAUGGAUGAGUUAUGAUGGCUGAGUUAUGACAUGCGGUAGCUGAGUUUUGAUAUGAGGUAUCUGAGUUAUUGAGACGAAAAAAGCUGUUAGAGAGUGUUGACUUUAAGGUGUUAACACAAAUUUGAAUUUGAAUUUAGAUCUCAUGGUGCCCCUAGAAUACCCUAUUAUCCAGCCUUCUUGCUAUCUCUUUUGAGUUGGACAAUUAUCAUAAAUAGACUAUUUUCAAGUUUUGGUCACAAAAAUAGACCACAAGGAGGAAAAUGACCAAAAUGUUCUAUUUAAUAGAUAAAAGGACACUAAUAUCCUAAAUAUA